AUGUCCUAUCCCCAAUUAAUGUCCCGGCAUACACGACAUUGCCCGAUCUCAUACGCCAUCGUCCAAGGAGCCGCAGAGGAGGCGUUUGGCCUCCCCAACCCAGUCUUCCAUCUCCAGUCCGAAUGGACGCGUGACUAUCCAGUUACCCGACAGGAGCUCGACCCAGAUAUGGACAAGGCCGCGUGGGAUGCGGUGAAGGUGAAGCUCGUGGCCGGGGACGGGUUGGUCGUGUGGUACCACGGCGUCGAGUGGCCAGGGCCGUUGCAGCUGAGCUGGAUGCGCACGCAGGAGCGGAUGAAACGAGCGGGUCGGCGGGCGAGACAAGGAGUCGCAGAUUGGGCAGCGUGUGUGUGGAGCCUUGUUGUGUUGUUUUGGCUCUGGCUCGUGGGGUUGCUGGGGCGGAGGAGGGAUCGGAUAGAGUACGAGCCCAUGGAUAAGGUUGAGCAGGGUUGGGCGAAGUAG